AUGAGUAUGUAUCCGAACUGGACUGGCGACGAUUCCUACUGGGGAAGUCAGUCGGCCCCUCAGGGUCUGGCCGGCCCCAUGCCUCAAGCCCAAGCGCUCAAGCAGCCCUACGAUCCGCUGCUCUACAAUCAAAGUUACAUGAACAACAUGAAAAGCAUGCUGGCCGCUCAAUGGGUGGAGAACACUAAUCCGUUCACCGGCUACAACGCUCUACAGGCGACUUCAGCUUCCUUUCCCGAACGUUCGGUUCAUCUUGCUCAACCAGUAUUCCCAUGGAUGAAGAUGAGCGGUUCCAAAUCGGGCGAAUCGAAGCGCACACGGCAAACGUAUUCACGAAAUCAAACACUGGAAUUGGAAAAGGAAUUCCACUAUAACAAGUACUUGACAAGGAAACGACGUCAAGAAAUCUCUGAAAGCUUGCAGUUGACUGAAAGACAGGUAAAAAUCUGGUUUCAAAACAGGAGGAUGAAGCAUAAAAAGGAGAGCAAAGGAGACGGCGCAGGUGAGCACGAGAGCGACGAAUCCACCCAGGAUGACCAACAGAACUCCUGA